AUGGCCAUGGAGGCCGACGACGACGACCUGUGGGGCGCGGUCACCACCAGCCCCAGCGCCUCGCCCCCGCCGUCCGCCGCCAUCUCCACCGCGCUCAGCCUCAACACUCGCCUCCAGCUCCUCGCGGCCUCCGGCGUCGGCGGCGGCUCCCCGUUCCACCCCGGCGGCGUCGGCUCGCCGUUCCACCUGGGCGGUGGCUGCUACCGCAAUGUGGCCGCGUCCCCGACCUCCUUCUUCUCCUCCGCCGCGGCCUCCUUCCCCCGCAUCGCGCCCGACGCCGGCCCUGCCCGCCGCGCGCUGGAGCGUGAGAUGUGCUACGGCCACGGCGCGGCCGCCUGGUCCGGCCCCCCCGGCGGCGGCGGCGCCGGCGCCGCCGCGCCCGUGGACCGGCGCAAGAAGCGCAUGAUCAAGAACCGCGAGUCGGCGUCCCGCUCGCGCGCGCGCAAGCAGGCGCACGUCACCCAGAUCGAGUCGGAGGUGCAGCAGCUGCGCGAGGAGAACGAGCAGCUCCGCCUCAAGUACGACCAGCUCAAGGCUUCAGUGGAGGUGUCGGUGCCGGUGAGGAAGACCCUGCAGAGGGUGCUCUCGGCGCCCUUCUGA